GAGAAAGCCCUGGGCCGGCUCUGGUGAGCUGCAGCCCAGAACCCUGGGCUCUGCGGGGAGGAAGAAGGCGAGCUGAGAGGUCUUUGGACCUGGUGGCGUGGCUUUCAUCCCCAUGGCUUCGCACAGCGACUGCUCCUAUGUCAUCGAUCACACCCAUGUCCCCGAGUUCGAGGUGGCCACCUGGAUCAAAAUCACCCUCAUCCUGGUGUACCUGGCCAUCUUCGUGGUGGGCAUCCUGGGGAACAGUGUCACCAUUCGGGUCACCCAGGUGCUGCAGAAGAAAGGUUACUUGCAGAAGGAGGUGACGGAUCACAUGGUGAGCCUGGCUUGCUCCGACAUCUUGGUCUUCCUCAUCGGCAUGCCCAUGGAGUUCUACAGCAUCAUCUGGAACCCCCUGACCACGCCCAGCUAUGCCCUGUCCUGUAAGAUUCACACUUUCCUCUUCGAGGCCUGCAGCUACGCCACGCUGCUGCACGUGCUGACGCUCAGCUUUGAGCGCUACGUCGCCAUCUGCCACCCCUUCAGGUAUAAGGCCGUGUCAGGGCCUUGCCAGGUGAAGCUGCUGAUUGGCUUUGUCUGGGUCACCUCCGCCCUGGUGGCGUUGCCUCUGCUUUUUGCCAUGGGGGUCGAGUACCCCCUGGUGAGCGUGCCCAAUCACCAUGGGGAACUCCCGUGCAACCGCUCCCGCACGCGGCACCACGAGCAGCCGCACACGUCCAACAUGUCCAUCUGCACCAACCUUUCCAGCCGCUGGACUGUCUUCCAGUCCAGCAUCUUCAGCGCCUUCAUCAUCUACCUCGUGGUGCUGGUGUCUGUGGCCUUCAUGUGCUGGAACAUGAUGCAGGUGCUCAGGAGGAGCAGCCAGGGCACGGUGGCCGGGAAGGGGCGGCGGCCGCAGCUCAACAAGGCCGAGAGCGAGGAGAGCAAGACAGCCAGGAGGCAGACCAUCAUCUUCCUGAGGCUCAUUGUGGUGACCUUGGCUGUCUGCUGGAUGCCUAACCAGGUGCGGAGGAUCAUGGCUGCAGCCAAACCCAAGCACGACUGGACACAGUCCUACUUCCGGGCGUAUAUGAUCCUCCUCCCCUUCUCGGACACCUUCUUCUACCUGAGCUCGGUCCUCAACCCGCUCCUGUACAACGUGUCCUCGCAGCAGUUCCGCAGGGUGUUCGGGCAGGUGCUACGCUGCCGCCUGAGCCUGCCACACGCCAACCACAGCAAGCAUCUGCGUGCCCGUGCCACCUCCACUGCGAACAGCACCCGCUCGACGCGCCGCCCCCUCAUCUUCCUCGCUUCCCGGUCCAGUGCCUCUGCGAGACCGAACAAGGUUUUCUUGAGCACAUUCCAGAAUGCGGCUGAGCCAGAGUCCACGCCCCAGCCAUUGAGUCUCGAGGCAGCAGAACCCAACUCUGCCGCGGGGAAUGGUUUUCAGGAGCAUGAAGUGUGAAUGUCAAGAAC